AUACAGUCCAAGUCAAAGUCUCGUCAACGUAUCUGGACAUGCAAAACAUAUGAUUUCAUCGCAGUAAACAAAGUGUUCGUUCGAGAGAAAGAGAAGACUUCUGUAACGCAAUUUCCCGACUCCCAUAGGCUUCUAAAUAAAUUCUGAGAUGCCCCUCCUCUACAGUGUCAUUGCACGGGGCACAACUGUCCUGGCCCGCUAUGCCACUUGUGCUGGGAACUUUGCAGAGGUUACGGAACAGAUCCUGACCAAGAUAGCACCAGGGGAGACCGGAAGGCUAACCUACUCUCAUGCCUCCUACCUCUUCCAUUACGUGGCACAGGAUGGAGUGGUGUACUUGUGUAUUACAGAUGAUGAAUUUGAACGACAGCGAGCUUUCCUUUUUCUCGAAGACAUCAAACAGAGGUUCCAAGCCACCUAUGGCAGCCGAGUUCACACAGCACUUCCCUAUGCUAUGAACAGUGAAUUUGCUCAGGUACUGGCCACGCAGAUGAAGCACUACACAGAGUCAAGGGACAUUGACAACAUCUCGCGCUUACAGGGGGAAGUCAGUGAUGUGAAGGACAUUUUAGUGAAGAAUAUUGAAAGUUUGGCCAGUAGAGGAGAGAGACUGGAACUACUUAUCAACAAGACGGAGAACCUCAAUACGUCUGCAGUAACUUUUAAGACCACGAGUCGAACCUUGGCACGAAGCCUAUGGUGGAAGAACGUGCGCAUCAUUUUAUUCAUAAUCUUAGGUGUAGGGGCAAGCAUCUAUAUAAUCGGAGCUAUGAUCUGCGGUCUAGCAUGGCAAAACUGCCCUGGACAGUAGAACAAAGUGUAUAGAACGGCAAAGGUGUCGAAGUCACCAAUUCCGCUGUUUUCACCAUAAAUAUUGUCUCAAAACUUCUGUGUGGGAACACUACCCUAUAUUUAAUAACAUGCAGAAACCUUCACUUAAGUUUUUUGAUAUUUAUAAAAUGAACUUGUAAUUCUCCAUGUGAGAGGGUCUAUCUACUACACCUACAUAGAGUAAUAACCAUGCUCUUAUUAACACACACACACACAUGCGUUUUUAUCUUGGCUGUCUUGAUUAUCCUUUUUAUAACAGUAAUGCCAAUAUUUUUCAUACAUGUCAUGAUCACUUUAAUGUAGGAUUUUUUUCUGAGGUAUGAUAUAAAGUAUAUAUUGAAGUCAUAUUUAUACUCUUUAGGAUAUAUUGUAAAUUUAUCCAGUAUUAUAGAUUUUCAUAGUUUUACUUAGAUAGGAUUCUUCAUUCUUCUUGUUUGACCAAGCCCCAACUCUUGCACUAGCAAGAUCUGUAGCUAGUAGAGUUUAUAGUGUGUGCUUAGGGUAUAUAUGUCUAUACUGGUAUGUGAGUGUACAGAGAGAAUCUCAGAAGAUGAGGGAUCUUUAUAGAAGGUGACCCUGAUGUGCUCCAUCAGACAAGUAUGGAUGUAUGGAUAUCUGUUUGUGCAUGUACUUCUCCUAGAAUGCUGUUUGAGUGGCAACUGCAGUUCAUUGAUUACCUCUGGCUACAUUGUUUUGAUUAGGACGAUUGUUAAUGCCACGGUUGCUAGAAUGAAUUUCUUGUGUGAAUACUGUUGUCCAAGUUUGGGACAAAAAGAUAGAUACAACAUAUAUAAUAUUACAAAAGUAAAAUGUAUACUAUGUCCAGAAGAAUAAUUUGUAUAUGUUUUUUUUUAUGUGAUCACAGCUAUUGUAAAUGUAAGUUUGAAAGGUUUCAUAAAUCUGGAAAAGAUUUUGGUGUGCUGAUUCAUCAAGAUAUUUUCUGUUGGAAAAUAUAUGUUGACUACAUUUUAAAAACAUUUAAGUGAUUAGAAUACAUUUUCAUUGUGCUGUGCAUGCUUAUAUACUGCAUUAUCAUAUAUAUUUUUUUAAGUUAUAUUUUCUGUGAUAGUGUCCAUAACAGUUAACCUAGGAUUUUACAAUAAGCUUUACAUAUUGGAUUUGAAAAUAAACUUUACAUUGAGUAUAUGAUCACUUUAAUUUUUUUUCUAAUUCGCUUUUUUCUGUAUCUGUGUCUGAAAUUCUUUGUGUUUAAUUUUCUAUCAAUAUCACAUUAGAAAAUCUGAGCAACCACAUUCAAUCUCAUAGAUGCUGCAAUAAGAUUAAUUUGUGUCUUAUUGAUUGAAAAGAAUUCUUCCAGCAAUUUUAUAAAUUAAGCAUAACAUUAAGAGAACCAAGUUAUGAAUUGCUGAAUCUAUACAACAUGUGAAAGUAACCAGUAACUGAAAUUCAGGAGCUCCAGAUAUGUCAAAAGAUGAUGUCAAGCACCGUCUGUCGAAUGCUUCCCUUUUCAUGCUUGUGUAAUUUUACAGAAUCCAGAAGCUGAUUCCUAAAAGUGCCUUAUUAAGAUACAUUGCAAUUUAUUCCAAUAAGGAUAGCUUAUAUACGCAUUGAAUUUAGUACGGAUUAUAUAGUAUAUGCAUUUCAGCACGAUUCUUCCUCUACAAUUUUCUUUUUUUCACCAUGUACUUUGUGAUAUCUUUGGUCAUGACAUUGUGUGUAUGCUGUAAUUUUUUGUGUAUAUAUAAGAAUUUCUUGAUUAAA